UGGGCGGUGGUCGGGUGUGAGGCAGCGUUGUCGGGAGAAGAUUCUUUUUAACGUGAUUACUUAGAAGUAAUAAUUCCUCAUCAUGGAUGAUUUAUCGCCUGAAGAAAUUCAGCUGAGGGCCAACCAGGUCACUGAUGAGUCUUUGGAGAGCACAAGGAGGAUUCUUGGCAUGGCUGUGGAGGCCCAGGAUGUUGGCAUCAAAACUAUCACUAUGCUGGAUGAACAGGGAGAACAACUAAAUCGCAUAGAAGAAGGCAUGGACCAGAUAAAUAAGGAUAUGAGAGAAGCUGAGAAGACAUUGACAGAGCUCAACAAAUGUUGUGGUCUCUGUGUUUGUCCUUGUAACAGGACGAAGAACUUUGAGGCUAGCAAGGCAUACAGAACAACCUGGGGAGACGGAACAGAGAACUCAUCAGAUCAGGUGAUAUCGAUGCAGCCGAGAAGAAUCAAUCAGCAGCAGCCUCAGACUUCUAGAGGACCAAGUGGUGGAUACAUUACAAGGAUAACAAAUGAUGCCAGAGAAGAUGAAAUGGAUGAAAACCUUGCUCAAGUGGGAAACAUUCUUGGGAAUUUGAAAACCAUGGCUUUGGAUAUGGGCAACGAGAUUGAUGCCCAGAAUAAACAAAUAGACCGGAUAAAUGUAAAGGCUGAUACAAACAGGGAACGCAUUGAGCAAGCCAACAUCAGAGCCAAGAAACUAAUUGACAACUGAAGCCUGCUGUCAUUGUUCGAUGACACUGUCUCUCCAGCUGCAAGCCACCAUGUUCGUGGAUCUGUGAAACUUCUCCUAUUCUGAAAUAAGAGGGGCUGGGAAAAAUGAAGCAGUACCCUUUGUAUAGGGACUAAUUUUCCUUUAUUUUUUUCAUUGCUUCACGUAAGCAUGGCCUUGACUUCAAAAAAGCAGCCAAUAUAGCUUCCUCCUACCCAUCUGCCUUCACUUCCUUUAAACUGCUCAGGGCUACAAGUAUUACAGCUUUGAGAAUCUUCCUGCAUGUUUUAUUUCCCCCUCCCAGUCUUUUUUUUUUGUUUUCUGCACCCAAAAUACAGUGCUUUUACUGAAGUUGAACAAGCAGGGUAACCUGAACUCACAGUUGUGGAAAGUUGGAGAGGGCACUUUGCACUGUUUGAAAUACCUCAUAAAUUGAGUGUCUUCACUAAAAUAGGGACUUGGUGAGUAUUGUCUGACUUGUAUCUCUAUCAGGCUUAACCACAGUUUUCCAGUCCAAACCUCAUGAUUGGUUGGGGGGUGAGUUUGUGAAUUACAGAAUUGAACAGGCCCACUACUUAGUACUUGUGGGUUGAGGGCUUUAAAACACUUCCUAACCACAUGAAACUAAAUGUAAAGGUAACUGGAGGGAUAUACAGGUUUUGGCACUGUGAAUUGACGUUGGUUUGGAGGCCACAACUAGGAAAUUAUGCUGUGUUCUGGUAUUUGUUAUGUGUAUGUAUACCUGAUUUAAACCCCAUGCACAUGUGAGUAGAAGAAAAUAAAACUAUCUGCCUAAAGUAUUUAUUUGAUGGAAAAUGUUAUGCCCCUCAUUUUGAAGUUAAUGCUGAAGUGUUUGCACAUAAACUGGAAGAAACUGAGAAGCAAACCAUGCAGUUUUUCUUGCAUCCCAUGUCAGAUUCUAUUUGGGCCAGUUUUUACUGGAAUUGGGCUUAUGCCUUUUUCCAGUGUGAAACAAUGACAGAUCUGGUAGAGAGUUUGCUCUCUGCAGUGACUUUGGGAGAGCUUCUUAAACCUUCUGAUAGCAGAAGUUCGUUAUGAAACUUUAGUCACAAGUCUGGAAGAAGCAGUACCUGCUAAGAACUAUGCUAGUUCCUGACUGGUUUAUUAUUGCAGGUUUUGGGACUGGCAGUCGGAAAUAUUACGCGUUCAAGUUCCUUGAAAAUGAAAAUUUCCUGUUGUGUUGCAGAAUAGAGGAGUUUCUGACCAGGUGAGGUAAAGCUCACUUCAUGGGAAGAAUAUUGUCGUUUUACUGUAAUAUGAUCAGAUUUAGUCCCAGGAUUUUCCUGAUUUUUUUUUUUUU